GUUGUUCAUGCAGUUGCAGAAAGUUGAGACCGCGAAGCAUCUAGGUGGAGGCGGGUCCAGGAUUCGAAAUUUUGACGCGUACAGAAGGUGCACCGCCACGUAUUACAAAAUGAAAGAGGGGAAGACUUCGUCCCCAAGGAAAGAAGAAAGAGGAUUAGAGCAGGUGAUGCCUAUAUGAAUUCGAAGUGGAAUAAUCCUUGAUCGUGAAGGGAAGAGUAGACAGAUCCCCGAACACCCAGAUUUAAUCUGAGAAUCUGAGAUUCUGGGAUCCGAACAAGGGAAUCCAAUAUCAAGCAAAGAUAAAGGUUUCCUUUUGCAGUUCACCACAAUAAUUCGUAGAUGGCUGGCGUAUCGGAAUCUAUAAAUGAGGGAGAAGAGAAGGUGGAAAAAGAGGAUAUUCAUCUCAAACAGAAAAGCAAAAACAAUGCACCAGGCGAGGAGGAGAAAGAGGUAGAAGUUGAAAUGAAGAUCAAAUCUGUGAAGAAAGAGAAGGUGAAACAUAAAGAAGGCAAAGACAAGAAGGAGACAGAACAUAAGGAUAAGGAGCAUGAAGUAGGGAAAUCAAAGGAGGAGGAGAAAGAAAAGAAGGAGAAGGACAAAGAGUCAAAAAAGAAGGAAAAGGAGAAGAAGAAAAAUGGUGAAGAUGAGAAGCCAAAGGAAAAGGAGAAAGAGAAGAAAGAGGAAAAGCAAAAAGUGAAAGAUAAGAAAGAUGACACAGUUAAGGAGUCCGAGGAGGAGGACAAGGACAAGAAUGGAGAAACCAAGGAGAAAGAAGCCAAAAAGAAAGAGAAGGAUAAAGAAGAGAAAGAAGACAAAAAGAAAGAGAAGGAUAAAGAAGAGAAGGAUAGGAAGAAAGGUAAGGAUGAAGAAUCAAAGGAAAAAGAGAAGAAAGCGAAAAAAGAAGACAAGCAGAAGAAUAAGGACAAAGAAAAGGAGGAGAAAGGGGAGAAGAAAAGGAAGUUUGGAAAGGACAAGAGCAAUGAUGUUGCAAAGCUGAAGACGAAGUUAGAGAAUAUCAAUGCCAAGAUAGAAGCCCUCCUAGAGAAAAAAGCAGACAUCGUGAAGUUGAUCAGUGAAGCUGAGGCACAGAACUGUGCCAUUUCUGAGAAGCCCAAGGACACAUUGGUGGGCAUUGAUGAGGCAUAGUUCAAUGAUAUGGUAGCUUGUCACUUUUUCUUCCUUUCCACCCCUCAUCUCUUUUUUGUAGAUGUAAAGAUGUUGUAUAUCGAAAUUCUAUAACAAUUAAAUAUGUCAGUGUGUAAUACUUGUUAAGAUAAUGGCAAUGGUUUUUCAAUCUGGGCUCUAA